UAAACAUCUUAUCCUCUUUUCAUUAUCAUCAACUCCUUCUCGUUUUUAUUCAAAAUCCGACAACAAAGACAUCAGACAUUUUUUUUUUUUCUUCGGACAAGAAGAAAAAUUCCAUAGUCUAAUGUCGGUUCAUCAUUGAAAAUUACCAUCAUCUCUUUUCAAACUACAUAUCGGUAAUAAUCUCCAAUGGCGGCGGCAUCAUUUGCCUCUCUGCCUACAUUUAAUUUCGUCAAUUCGUCCAAGUUUCCGAGAAGAAGAAUAGAUUCCAAAAAGCCUGUGGAAGUAGUUCGUUGUAGCAUUCCCGAAAAUAAGCAGAGAGGAAGGGGGACAUUGAAAGAAUGUGCGAUUUCGUUAGCUUUAUCGUUGGGUUUGAUAGCUGGAGGAGCACCUUCCAUUGUUUCCCCUCCUAUCAGUGCUGCUUACGCAAACCCAGCGAUUCCAGACGUAUCAGUGUUGAUCUCUGGUCCUCCCAUAAAAGACCCAGGAGCUUUGUUGAGAUACGCAUUGCCUAUCGACAACAAAGCCAUCAGAGAAGUUCAGAAGCCUCUUGAGGAUAUCACUGACAGCCUCAAGAUUGCUGGCGUUAAGGCUCUCGAUUCUGUUGAACGGAAUGUGAGGCAAGCAAGUAGAUCACUGCAGCAAGGGAAAAGCAUGAUUGUGGCGGGUUUUGCUGAGUCUAAGAAGGAUCAUGGUAACGAAUUGAUUGACAAGUUGGAAGCUGGUAUGCAAGAUAUGCUACAGAUUGUGGAAGAUCGGAAGAGAGAUGCGGUUGCUCCUAAACAGAAAGAGAUUCUCCAAUAUGUUGGCGGAAUAGAAGAGGACAUGGUCGAUGGCUUCCCUUAUGAAGUCCCUGAAGAGUAUAGGAACAUGCCUCUUCUCAAGGGAAGAGCCACUGUCGACAUGAAGGUCAAGAUCAAGGACAACCCUAACCUUGAGGAGACUGUCUUCCGCAUUGUCCUCGAUGGUUACAACGCCCCUGUUACUGCCGGCAACUUUGUGGAUUUAGUGGAGCGCCAUUUCUACGAUGGCAUGGAGAUCCAGAGAUCUGAUGGGUUUGUGGUACAAACGGGGGAUCCAGAGGGUCCUGCGGAAGGAUUUAUCGAUCCAAGCACUGAGAAAGUGAGGACUGUUCCUCUUGAGAUUAUGGUGGAAGGGAAGAAGACUCCCUUUUACGGCUCAACCCUUGAAGAAUUGGGACUGUACAAGGCUCAGGUGAUGCUUCCUUUCAACGCUUUUGGGACAAUGGCAAUGGCUAGAGAAGAGUUUGAGAAUGACUCAGGAUCAAGCCAAGUGUUCUGGCUGCUAAAAGAGAGUGAGCUGACGCCGAGCAAUUCCAACAUUUUGGACGGUCGCUACGCUGUUUUCGGUUACGUGACUCAGAAUGAAGACUUUCUGGCUGAUCUGAAAGUCGGUGAUGUCAUUGAGUCCAUUCAAGUUGUCUCCGGUUUAGACAAUCUCGUCAACCCCAGUUACAAAAUCGCCGGUUAGUUCCUUCCUUCAAACUUUGUCGUUUCCCUUUGGCUCUCUUUAAUCUGUUUAAGUUUUUUUUCAUAUCUUUGUGAGAGAAAUUAUAAAGGCGUAUUGUCCGCCUAUGAAUACUAUUGUUACUUAUCAACAAUUGUAACUUAAUUGUCUCUUUUUUCUUAAAAAAAGAGCUGUAUGAGUUGAUAUGUAUGACUAUACUUUAAACAAAGGAAGAGCACUAGUUGCGUAUUUGUAGUUACGUUUUGUGUGCAUGUGUUAUGUGUUGAAAACGUAUGAAAUGAUCGAUUCAAAAAUAAGUACGACAUUCAUCCUCCAAAAUGGGGGAAAUAAAACAACACACACACAUAGCUUAGCUAGCUAGCUCCACAUAGUAUAGCUAAAUAAUAUUAUAUCCCUUAAUUAACUCUCUCUACUUCCAAAAUAAAAGAGC